UUUUCUGGGUCCUCGCUCUGCCUCCUCUGCCGUGUCACCGGAGAGAGAGAGAAAAAAGAGGAAGGAAUAUGGUUUCAUCAGACGCUCCUCCCGUUUCAGCGCGGCGGUAGCGGAUCUAUAGUACGAGCAGGAGGCUGGGGCUCGGUCGCACAAACCUCACACAACCACCUUUACAACUAACCCACAGGAGCGCGACCAGCACACCGGGACACAUAAAUGGUGGAGGCCGUGGUGGAGUUCGACUAUGAGGCUCAGCAGGACGAUGAGUUGAGCCUGACGGUGGGCGACAUCAUCGUAAACAUACGGCGGGACGAUGGAGGAUGGUGGGAGGGCGAGCUCGGCGGACGCAGGGGCCUGUUCCCGGAUAACUUUGUCAGGGAGAUAAAGAAAGAGGGGAAGAGGGACGGAGGACAGGCGAGCAUGAUCAGGUCAGACCUUUCCAAUGGAAGAGCCAGCCCUGUGUCCGACCCCAGCGUGCGACCAGGCAGGAAAGUCGAGCAAAUCCGUAAGCGGAGGUGUAAAGCGGCGUUCAGCUACGUGCCUCAGCAUGAAGACGAGCUAGAGCUGAAAAUAGGAGACGUCAUUGAGAUCAUAGCAGAGGUAGAGGAGGGCUGGUGGGAGGGAUUUCUAAAUGGGAAGACUGGAAUGUUUCCCUCCAAUUUCACCAAAGUGAUCCUGUCCGAGUCGGAGACGCCCUCCUUAGACACCUCGCAGGAGGAGCUGCGCAGCACCCGCACCAGUAAGGACAGUCCGCGCAGUGAGAGUGAUGGAGGCGACAGUCGCUCAGAAACGGGGUCAGGAGAAAUCCAGCCUAAGAAGGUCCGAGGGUUUGGCUUCGGUGACAUCUUCAAAGACCAGCCGAUCAAGCUCAGACCACGCUCCAUGGAAGUGGAUGCAGAGGGAGACAAGGCCAACGAGGGGAAAGCAGCGAGUGUUGCCACGGAAACCAUGAAGACUGAACCUGAUGGAAAGGCCAAAGGGCGCGAGCUCUGUAAAGUCCUGUUUCCAUACGAAGCACAAAACGAAGAUGAGCUGCAACUCAAAGAGGGAGAAAUCAUCACCAUUAUCACCAAGGAGUGUGCUGAUGCUGGCUGGUGGAUGGGGGAGAUCGGAGGACGGCAAGGUGUCUUCCCAGAUAACUUUGUCAAGCUAAUAGAAGGGGAGAAAGAGAGACCAAAGAAACCACCUCCUCCGAGUGCACCCUCAGCUAAACACACCACAGAGAGAAAGUCCGAGGUCAAGAAGGUUCCUCCGGAGCGACCUGAACAUCUGCCACAGAGAGACCAGCAUGGAGGUGAAGAGGUGAAGAUUGGAGACAUCCCAAAGCCCUCCCUUCCAUCUAUUCUCCCCAAGAAACCCCUCCCCCCAAAGACAAGCUCCUCCUCUUCCUCCCAACCCCCACGGCGUCCUGAGAGACCGCCCACUUUAGCGUGUGAAAGCCCCAAGUCUGAGGGCGGGGCUUCGACACCAGAUUCUGCCCCUGACAGGUCACAUGACGCUGAUGUGGACCUCGACGCUGUGGUGGCGUCAACAGAGAAGCUGAGUCAUCCGACGGCGUCGCGGCCGAGAGUCACAGACCGCCGGCCUCGCUCGCAGAUCAUCACACCUUCUUCCCUGUCCAGUAUCGACCUGGAGCCGCCUGCAGUGGAGGAGAGGAAGGAGAAGGACAGAGGGAAGGAGGAGCUGGAAUCUGUCCCCUCCAGACCUGUAGAGGUUUCCCUGAGGAAAGGAGUUCCCAUCAUCGCUGUACGACCACCUUCACUGGGCCCUGACAGUAAAGCACCACUACCCGCCAAGCCCUCUGUCCUGACCCCGCCCAACGCCGGCCAUCGCCCCGCGUCCCCGUCUUCCUCCUCGGGUCUGAGCCCCUCCCCCGAGCUCCGGCAUUCACCUCUGACCCCCCCGACACUUGAGGAACUCAGGAACCAGCUGAGAGACCUGAAGGCCUCCGUAGAACUGCUGAAGAGCCAGCACAGGCAGGAGAUGAAGCAGCUGACAAAUGCGCUGGAUGAUGAGAAGAAGAUUCGUCUUAGUUUACAGAUGGAAGUAGAGCACAUAAAGAAGACCCUGUUAAAAUGAAGACUAAAGCAUCCUCUUAUCACCACAUCGGAGGCCAACCUUUGGAAACAUUAUCACUGUUGGCCCGAGACACUUCCGCCAAAAUAAAGUUUGUGCCAAAUGAUCAUCACCAUCAACAUCAGCGACAAUACAGUACCAUGGAAUCAGCCACCUCCCCCCUUUGACGCCGCCUUAUCCUGCGUUCUUUAAUUUUCUUUUAAAGAGGCUUCUCUUGUUUUGUUUACCGCUCUCUUGUCGAAGCUUGCUGUGCCACCGGUACUGACUGACCGAGGACCUCGCUGGUACUUUUUUGUUUUCUUUAGUGUGAAGGAAACUUGGAACUCGACCUUCGUAGCCCGGUUGGUUCAGACGACCUCUGUGCUGGUCUGUGUCCACUCUGUGGCCUUCACCUGUAUGUGUGUGUGUGCAUGUGUAAGUGUUUGUUUUCCAUCCAUGUGAGGACUGUUAUGUUAGACCUUUGCAAUAGGGACAUUUUUCUAAAGUGAGGUUGUUUUUGGCCGGAUCAUGACUUCUUCAACAGGAAAGAUUAAGGUUAAGAUUUGGGUUGAUCAAAGCUUAUACUUUGAGGCACAUUUUUAACAUUACAUUGUUUGACACACUGAGCUUGAUGUUUCUAUGGUACACUGCAGGCGGGUGAUUUUGAAGCAUCGACUAUUAACAGCACUGGCAUUUGGACGUAUUUCCAUAACCAUUUUUCUGCUUGAUGUUGGGAUUUUUUAAAUUUGCAGUCAAAUAUUCUAGUAGUUUGGAGGCUAAAAUUAUAAGCACAUCAUGAUCCCUGAAAUCAUGACAUUAAGUACUGAUACUACAGGUGCUAUUUUAAGAAAUAGUUGGACAUUUUGGGAAUUAUGCUUGUUUGCAUAAUUUGCACAAGGUCCUUGAGGUCCUUACCCACUCUGGGUGCGUUUGUAAAUCCAUUCUUACACUCUACACUAAAAUGAGAGAGCUGUUGUUUAAAGUCACAGAGCGUUCUGUUUCUCUACGAAUUAACCAACGGUUAAGUUCAUUACACAUUCACUCCGUUCGAUGCUCUGCUGCUCCUUUUCCCCAGACAGAGUGCGCAGAGUGUGGUGCUCUGGAUAACUGAACGGUACGUUCCAACAGCGCUCCCAAUUUUUUGUGCCAGAGUGCAUUUCUAAAUGCAUCAUGUUGAACAGAGCAUUGAGGGAUUUCAGUUUGGCAUGUUAAAUUAGUAUCAAGUGACAGCUGACUUUGAAUUUUUGAUUAGCUUUAUCCAUAUUACGUGAUAUGGAUCGGGGAUAACCGUGCCCCAAAAAAACCUGGCCUUAGGAAACUGUGGAAAAACUAAACUGACAGUGUUUCAAAUUUGAAUUGAGGCUCUUUUCUUUCAUUUUUUAUGCCUAUUACUAUGCAUGUAAGACCCUAAAUAACAUAUUAAGAAAAUUUUGGGUGAUUUGGGUUCCCAGAGGCUUUAACAUACAGUCAUGAAAGUGGUUAUCUAUCUUCUCAUCCAGCUCACAAUUUGAGAGAAAAGAAACAUAAUUCCCAAAAUAUCAACAAUUUCUUUGACAUAAUCCAGAACUGUCCUGUGAUAUUUGUCUGCAAAUUAAAGUUAUAUGCAAAGAAAAGCACAUGCCGCUGCAUGAACACGCCUAUAAUGUUUAUCAAGCCUUCUGGACCAAAACAUUUUAUUUUACUUUUUUUUUUUUUUUUUUGCCUUUGCACUUUUGCAGCACGACUCCAGAAACCUCAUGAAACAGCUGUGCUGGUCGCAUCAUACCCCCUCCCAAAAAAAACAUGAUCAAAACUGAGAUCCAUGUGCGUCUGAUGUUUCUGGUGCUCUUUUGGCAGCGGGUGAAGGGUAAAGUUGAGGACAGGGUUGUAAGAAUGUAGUCAGUGAAAGGACCUCACAGAUAAAAAUGUGUGUGCAUGUCUGUGUGUGUGUGUGUGUGUGUGUGUUUGGUAGCAUGAACGGCUGUUUGCCUCCCUUCCUUACAUGUGCACAGAAUCUAUGGCAACCCGUCACUGUGGCCUUCCUGUUUAUUGACUCCAAAUCUUUCUUUUUCUCUCUUUCUCUCUGUCUUUCUUUCUGUCUUUCUUUCUUUCGUAUGACAACAAGAAAACUGCUACAACUGAGUCUACAAGUUGUUUUCUUGACUUGGUCCUUCCUCUCCAGGAUAGUGAUAAAUAUAUACUUUUAUAUUUCAGUGUAAUAAAGAUGCUAUUAUGUACUGUACGUGUGCAUGUUUAAUUUUUUUUUUAAAUUACUAAUCAUGUUUAAAUUGUCUGCUGGUAACGUAUAAUAUACUGUACUGUAUGAAGGUGAA